AUGCUUGUGUUCAGAGGAGCGUGUAGCCAGGAGGAGGCCGUUGGGCCACCUGUAUGGAAUGAAGGUAACCUCUGCAUCAUUUGGCGGAAAAGGAAGAGUAGAAGGGCGAGUGAACGAGCAACUAAACGGAUGGACGAGCGAAUGGAUGCACAGAUGGAGAAACAUCUUCGCGGACAAGGCUAUCUGAGGCUGAAUAAUCGGAUGAUCGCAGGCAAACGAUCCUCAGUCCCGUGGAGAAUUGUCACGAUACAGAAAGCUGAAUGUGAUGGUGGUGGUGGCGGUGGUGGUGGUUUUGGAGCAUCAACAACCACAGGGAGGAGGAUGAGGAAGCAGAAGAGAAUUGACGACUAG